AGUUCUGCUGCGUGCCCGCGUGCGCCGUCAGCUGGGCCCAGAGCUCAGUUCGCACCCCUGCGGCUAUCACUGCCUGUCGCCGCCGUGGUGCCCUCCGUGCGGAGCUGCGGGGCCGCGUCGCAGCGCGACGUGGUGCGGAUGAGCUCGGACGCUCUGCUCGGCAGCUCGGCCGGGCAGCAGCCGAGUCCGCGGGCGCGGUGCGGAGAGGGGCUACGCCUGGCAGUUUCGUCUGUGCAGCACUGGUGGGAGGUGACGACCAGCCAGGAGUUCUUCGCGUCGUCUCCUCGCCGCCGAGGUUUCAAAGCCGUGAUCAUGCUCAUCGCGCUGGUGAAGGGUCUGGACAUUGACAGGGAUGCCGGCACUGAGACGACGUACGGCCUCUGCAGCAACUUUGUGGCGCCAAUCUGUUGUGCCGCCAUUCCAUGGUCGUCGCUUUGGCUCGACGCAUUCGUGAUGGUAUGGAAUUUUGCCGAUUGCCAAACGGCAGGUUAUGCUGGGGGUUCUCUUUGGAUUUUGCUGGCCAUGUUUCUGCAGACUGCAGGGGGCAUGCACUCUCUCUCUUUGGUUCCGUUCUUGUUUUUGCCUCUGACUGGCAGCAAUUUGAUGAAACAGCAUGGCAGCAUUGAUCCACUGUCGUUCUGUGUUUUUUCCAUACUCCUAGUUGUUCGGGCGUUGGCGGAGGAGUGGCAGCUGGCCACAGUCUUCUACCGGCUGCAGAAGUCCACUGCGGUGACUCACCUCUUGCUCGAUCAAGCCACGAGUGGCCUCUGCACUCUGAGCCGAGAGGCUGGGAUCAUCAGCGGUGUCAGCAAUGCCUUCGCGGAGAAUCUUGGCCCGAGUGCCGAGGGCGCGACGAUCUUCGGCUUCGUCGGUGCUGGCGACUCUGCGGCGAUCGCGCGCCUUCUCCGGGAUCGAUCCGGCCCGCCUCCCCGCCCCAUCCUCUGCACCUUCCACAGAGGCGCCACUCCCACGGGGGCACCCGCGGCUCACUUCGAGGCCAAGCUCGUCCCCUACGCCGCCUCCGAGCGCUGGGUGCGCGUGUGCCUGCAGAAGGUGGGCGAGGAGCGCCUCCCGGAGGCCCCCGCGGGGCACGGGCCCGGCGCCGAGGCCCGCGCGCGCGAGGCGGCGCGGCCUCCGUGGGGCGGCGGCGCGCUCGGCCCCGGGCCGCCGCGCGCGGUGGGCGCUGCGCCCGAGUGCGCCAUGGAGCUCGACACGGAGGUGAGCUUCGUGGUGUCGAGGACGACCCAGCCGUGCGCCCCUCGCACCAGGGCCGCCGCCGUGCAGACGGAGCAGCCCGCGCGCCCGCCGCCGAUGCCGGGAGCUCUCGAGGAGCUGGCGGCGCGGAGGCGCGCAGCCGUGCCGAGGGCUCGCCGCAGGAGGGGGCAGGCGAAGGUCCGCCUCUGCACCUCGGAGCGCCAGGUGCUGGCCUUCGAGGAGACGCCCCAGCACACGAGGGUGACGUGCCUGCUGGGCGCCAUGAGGCGCAUCAAUGCCCGCGGCCGAGGCUGCUGCAUGCUCCACGUCAGCGUGGCCGCUGCGAGGCAGUGCCUUGACGCCAUCGAUCUGGAGCGCUGCGGAGGCGUGGACUUCGGCGGACGGCAGUGCCCGGCGUGCUUCGCUCUGGUCGACCCGGGGCCUCCCUGUGAUGAGACGGACGGCGGCAUGCUGCAAGAUUGCGAGACUUGUGGGAGCGAGAUCUACUCUCUGCCGCCCAAGGUGUUGUCAUCCGCGGGGUCGACGCCCAUGGCCUCGGACGAGUCGCCUGCCAAGGCCCUGGCGCCUGCAAGCCGCGUCUCGGGGGCAUCCAAGUUCAAGAUAUCGCUAGACAGGAGCGACGGAGCCAAGCUGGGGAUCGACGUCGAUAUCAGCCACUGUUCCGCGGUGCUCGUUAAGAACGUCCUCGAGGAGGGUCUGGUUCACCAGUGGAACACCGCAACGAAAAGGCGGAGGUCAGAAGCGGUGAUUUUUUUAUCGAAGUUAAUGGAAUUUGUGGGAGCUCGAAUGCGAUGCUUGCAGAGUUGUCUGAGAAGAAGCCGCUGGAGAUCGUCGUCCUAAAGAGCCCUAUCUACAGCCGACGAGCCAGAAAUCAGUUUGCCUCGCAAGAGAGAGUGGUUGAUCGUGUGAAGGCAGAGGAGGAGGAGCGGGCCUAGGCGAAGUCGAAUUUUGAGAGUUAGUGACAUGUGAAUGGAUUCAUUUUCGUUGGCGCAAGGGGCAGCGGCUUUCUGCAUGAGCUGAUCUCUCGUAUUAGGUGACGAGUUCGACCCGCUGCAGGUACAUGAGCACAUCAGCGACGGUUCGCCACGGAGAAAGAGCUCACCGCAGGCGCAAUCAUCUUACUAUGCGGGCCGAACUUCCGUACAAUGGCCGAACGUCCGUCCAAACGGCGCUCUCGCCUCGGCGCGGGCAGCACACCGCCAGCGUCACCUGCACGCCGUGGCCAGUUUAAGAGCGAAUCGUGAGGAUGUCUCAUCAGCAGAAGCCGGCUUUCUUGGUUCCCCAGCCGAAGAGGGAUCAUGCGGAAUCCUUUUUAGACCUGCGGCCAGCUGUAUUUUUCAUUGUUGCACGCCGAGCGGAACACGUCCACCGCGUCGACAACGAAUGUUUUUUGUCGCGUUGCAUGCCAAGUGGAACUCGUCCACCGCGCCCGCAACAGCUCCUUUGCCGCAUGGAAUGUGAUUCCAUUGGUCCGCCAUAACGGGGGGUGGAAAA